AUGGGAAGCCGUCGACCAACUAAGGCAUGUGCAAGAUGCAGAAAGAAGAAAAUCAAGUGUGACUUUAACUUCCCCUCUUGUGGCUCCUGUUCAAAGGUUGAUGUAGAGUGCCUGGGCUUCAAUGCUGUCGAAGGGAUUGACCGACCACGAAGCGCAGUCGCGCACCUAGAGAACAGAAUAGCCCUUCUAGAGACCGAGCUCGCGCAGCUCAAGUCAAACAAUCAAACACCAUCCCCCCUGGAAACUGUCAAUGUUGCUGUUGAUAGUCUGACGAUGCGUUUAGCAGACGCAAUCGGGAGCCCAAGUCGACGAGCUAGGGCCCCUAGAUCUUCCCAAAGUGACCUUCCUCUUACUUCUGAGACGUUCUUGUCACCAAGCACAAUGCCCCCUCUAAGCCAAGGGUAUGAGAGCCCGAGCUCGACAACCCCUUUGCAGACUAUGACAAUUUCAUCUGUCCCAAGGAACGUCAUCGAUAUAAUGUUGAAAAACUAUUGUUCAAUAUGGCUUCCUCAGUAUCCAUGUGUAGAUGAAACAAAACUAUAUGAAGCCUGCGAUCGCAUAUACAGCGAUGAUGCUCCCUCAAACUUUGACUGCUUUAGCGUAGCUAUAACCCUCGCCAUCAGUGCAAACACCUUAAUCAAGCAUGACGAGGGGCGAGCAACAACUGCUGCAGAGGGGUUCUGGGCUUCAGCCGCUACGCAGCUUGAUCACAUUGCCGAAAACACCUGGGAGAGAGUUCAAGCUCUACAGCUGAUGGCCCAUUAUGGUUUGCUGAGCCCGGGACUUGUCAAUUGCAGUAACUGUGCUGCCGCCGCAACAAGGUUAUGCUUCCAACUUGGUCUACAUCGCGAGCUUCCAUCCCACGAGCAAUCGCUUCAUAGCAGGCAAAUCUUAAAUACUCGACGUAGAUUGUUUUGGACCUCAUAUAGUAUCGAUGCUGCUGUACACUCUCUCAGUCGCCGGCCGUUCAUUUGGCCGAAUUCAGCCGUCACAGCAAAGUAUCCUGAAUUUAUAUCAAGCCCUCGACUCGGAAGUCAAACCUCCACCACAGCUUAUAUCUGGUCCCUUCGGCAGAUGGAAACAGAAAUUACCCUGACGAUGCACCACCCCAACGUUGGCUACGAUGAUGCAGUUUCUGUGCAGACUUUCCCCGAAUGGUUCAGCAAUAUACAUGAUCGAUUAGACAGCUGGUAUCACUCAGUAAGAGAAGAUACUGAGGUGUCAGACAAGAUUCAAUUCUACGAAAUUCAUUAUCGCACGCAAGUUUUCCGACUAAAUACAUUAUCUGCCCGCUGUCCAGCGCCAACUUUUGAAAUGCGAACAAAAGCUCUGAAAUCUGCAUUGAUGCUAAUAAAAGAUUUAUAUGCUAUGCAGCGGCUUGGGAAGUUGUUUUACGUCUUCCACUACUCCCACUAUGUCGUGGAAUUUGGAUUGAGUCUCUUAGAGACCAUUACUGCUGGCGCCGAGGACAUCGGAAAGCGACCAACCCACUUAGACAACAUUGAUGUUGCCUUGUUGACAGGAGCUGUGCGAUCUAUUCCAGCUCUGCUCCAGCAAUUAUCCUAUCGCUGGCCGCCUCUACAACAGACAGCGUCAACUUUCGAUAGCCUGUCUGCCCCUAUCCUCCAGAGCCUUGAGAGAUAUUCCGAGGGGGAUCACUUGGGAUAUAUUACAACUCCUUCUGUCAAGCUUAGGAUACGGCAUCUCUUGAUGGGCUCAUUUUUAACGAAUUCAGUUCAUGAGCCACUAGUAGACACGGAACAGCAAGAUGGGUCGGUGUUUGUCCCGGACAACAUCGAGACGCUAUUCGCAGUACCACCACUCCUAUUACCAGACGGAGAAGCAAUUUUCCAUAUGCAGCAACAAGUUCCGAUUAAUAACAGUCUUGUUGCUAUAGAUCCUAACCAGGCCCUUCCAUCCCAAAUAUUUGACCGGAGUUGGUCCAUUGAUAAUGCCUUCCAACACGGGUAUAAUCAAACUUAUCCAAAUACAGACCUUGGAACUGCAGGAUCAGUUACAGAUGAGAACUUCUUUUGGGACAUAGCUGGCUUAAAUACAGAUGAUAUAUUUACUGCAUUACUUGAGGGUCGGGAUAUUUCCUAG